CCUUGAAGGAAGAGGUGGUGGUGGAAGAAGAAGAAGGCCUUGGCCGACACUCCAUCCUUGACCUUCCUCAACAACAACCACAUGCUCUUCUUGUUUUUGCUUCUUCUUAGAGCCUUCCAUUAGUGGAUGCAAUGGCUUCUUUGCUACCUCCUCUCCUUCUUGUUGCUCUUCUUGUCAUCCUUGUUCCUCUUCUUGAGGCUGUCACUGAUGACACUGAUGUACAAGCACUUGGGGUUCUGUAUGGUUCGUUAAACAACCCGCCUCAACUUUCCGGGUGGAGAUCGGAUGGUGGAGAUCCUUGCGGAGAGUCAUGGAAGGGGGUUUCAUGUGCCGGUUCAGCUGUUACUUCCAUACAGGUCUCUGGAUUGGGUCUCAAUGGUACUCUCGGAUACCUUCUUUCAAACCUCUUCUCUUUAAGAACAUUUGACAUAAGCGACAACGAUAUACAUGAUGGCAUACCGUAUCAACUACCACCGAAUCUUACUCAUUUGAAUCUUGCAAGCAACAGUUUUACUGGAAAUUUGCCGUACUCGAUAUCGACUAUGACCUCCCUUAUUUACUUCAAUGCAAGCCACAACACAUUGUCACAAUCGAUUGGAGAUCUCUUCUUAAAUCUUGAGAACCUCUCAGACUUGGAUUUGUCUUUCAACAGCUUCACCGGUGAUCUUCCAACCUCCAUGGGCUCCCUCUCAAACCUUUCUAGCCUCUAUUUGCAAGACAAUCAAUUAACUGGCCAAGUGAAUCUUCUGACCAACCUUGAUUUGAUCGAUUUAAACAUAGCGAAUAACCAUUUCACUGGCUGGAUACCUCAAGAGUUCAAAUCGAUUCCAAACCUUGUUAUUGAUGGUAACUCUUUCUCCAAUGGUCCUGCUCCACCACCACCUCCAUUUACACCUCCUCCUCCUCAGAGACAGCAUAAGCAUCAUAAUCGAAGCCAACCACCUAGCUCCAGUCCUCCACAGAGUGGAGGUUCUCCCUCAGAUCAAGAACAAAGAAGCAAGAGAAGUUUAGGAGCAGGUUCAAUUGUCGGCAUAGUUUUAGGCUCAAUACUCGGUGUUACAUGUGCAACAUUAGCCAUCAUUAUCUGUGUUCGCAAUCUUCUAAACAGUAGGAAAGAUAGUCACAGCAAUGCGAGGAAUUCUUCAGGAGUUCUCGCUGUUGGAGCUGAUAAAGGGAUCAAUAAGGAGUUGCAAGAGCAAAAGCUCAAGAGUGCUCCAAAAACAAACCUAAAGUCACCACCUUCUGACAUAGUGGUGGCUGAAAAGGCUUAUGGGAAAAAUGCCUCUGUGCGAAGGCCGAAAGUUCCUAUAACUGCAACUUCAUAUACUGUUGCUGCUCUUCAAAUUGCUACAAACAACUUUAGUCAAGAAAAUCUCGUUGGAGAAGGCUCUCUUGGUCGGGUUUACAAGGCUGAGUUCUCAAAUGGGAAGGUAUUUGCCAUCAAGAAGAUCGACAGUGCAGCAGUGUCUUUGCAAGAGGAAGAUAAUUUUCUUGAGGCUGUUUCAAAUAUGUCCCGACUUAGACAUCCGAAUAUCACAACACUCGCCGGUUGCUGUGUAGAACACGGACAGCGCCUCUUGGUCUAUGAGUACAUUGGAAAUGGGACCUUGCAUGAUAUGUUGCACUUUGCGGAUAAUAGCGGUAGGAUACUUACUUGGAAUGCACGUGUUAAGGUUGCACUUGGCACUGCUAGAGCUCUAGAGUAUCUGCAUGAAGUAUGUUUACCUUCCGUUGUACAUAGAAACUUCAAAUCGGCAAAUAUACUACUUGAUGAAGAGCUUAAUCCUCGCUUAUCAGAUUGUGGGCUAGCAGCAUUAACGCCUAAUACAGAGCGACAGGUUUCAACCCAAAUGAUCGGUUCAUUUGGUUACAGUGCUCCCGAAUUCGCAAUGUCUGGUGUCUACACUGUAAAGAGUGAUGUUUACAGCUUUGGAGUAGUUAUGUUAGAGCUUCUCACGGGUCGGAAACCAUUGGACAGUUCUAGACCAAGAUCAGAACAGUCAUUGGUCAGAUGGGCCACUCCACAACUUCAUGACAUUGAUUCAUUAUCUAAAAUGGUUGAUCCAGCUCUAAAUGGAAUUUACCCGGCAAAAUCACUUUCGCGGUUUGCUGACAUCAUCGCUCUUUGUGUUCAGUCGGAGCCGGAAUUUCGCCCACCGAUGUCUGAAGUUGUGCAAGCAUUAGUUCGAUUAAUGCAAAGAGCUAGUGUUGUCCGAAGAAGUUCUAACGAUGAACUUGGAUUCCCCUCAAAGCUCUCAGAGCAUGAAUCAACAACUGAGAUGUCCUUUUGAAGUAUCAUAAGUCUCAUUCUCCCCUGUUUUGAUACAUCAUGAAUAUGAAUUCAUGGAGAAGACAAGAAGCUGAGUUUGAAGAGUAAUUCUCCGGCACAUAACAGAAAAUAAUCAUUGAGUUGAAAAUGUAUGUUUGUAUCAAUCAGUUUGGUUGUGCAUUUAGGUUCUUAUACUACCAAACUGGGAUGAGCUUGUUAUGUCUAUAGAUACUAUAAAGGAAAAAAAAAUUUGAUAUAUUCAUAGAAGGAUAGAAUGAUAAUAUUGUGUUUUUUCUUGGCUCUGGUUAUAUUCUUGGAAAAUUAUAUUUUAACAGGUCAUCUUGAAA